ACUCCCAACUCUCUCCUUCCUUCCCUCACUUGUCACUUUCUUGAGCCACCUCCUCCUCUUCUUUCUUCUUCGCCGGUCUUUGCCAUGGGAACCGAGUCCGAUCGAGGAUUCCAUGUCCUGUUCUUCCCUCUAAUGGCUCACGGCCACAUGUUGCCGACCCUCGACAUGGCCAGGCUCUUCACGGCCAGAGGAGCCAGAGCCACCAUAAUCACCACCCCGCACAACGCCCCUCUCUUCCGAAAUUCUCUACAGAGCGACGACGCCGGAUCGCGAAUCGGCCUCCGGACCAUCGAGUUCCCGACCAGAGAAGUCGGCCUCCCGGAAGGCCUCGAGAACCUCGACAUGGUCACCACGCAGGACGUCCAGCAGAAGUUCUUCAGGGCCAUCUCGAUGCUGUCUCCGCCCCUGGAAGCUCUUGUCCGGGAAUUGGCCCCCGACGCGCUGGUCGCCGACUUGUUCUUUCCCUUCGCGAACGACGUCGCGGCCGGGCACGGCAUCCCGAGGCUGGCCUUCCACGGGACGAGCUUCUUCUCCAUGUGCGCGGACGAGAGCGUGAAGCGGCACAGGCCUCACGAGAAGGUCUCAUCCGAGGACGAGCCGUUUCGCUUGCCCGGUCUGCCGGACGAGAUCACGAUGACGAGAUCUCAGCUCCCUGAUGAGCUGAAGAUCAGGGUAGAGACUGAUUUCACCAGGUUGCUGAAGAGAGCUUAUGAAGCUGUGGAUCGAUGUUAUGGGAUGAUAGUGAACAGCUUCUAUGAGCUUGAGCCGAGUUAUGCGGAUCACUACAGAAAUGCUCUGGGCAAGAGAGCUUGGCACAUAGGACCUGUUUCAUUGUGCAAUAGGAGCUUGCAAGAGAAGGCACAGAGAGGAGGGAAGGACGCGAUCGACGGGCACGAGUGCCUCAAGUGGCUCCACUCGAGAGGGCCCGGCUCGGUUGUCUACAUCUGCUUCGGCACGACUUCCAAGUUCUCCGAUGAGCAAUUGCGCGAGAUCGCCGCGGGAUUGGAGGCCUCUGGCCAGGACUUCAUCUGGGUUGUGAGCAGAGACGGAAAAGAAGAAAAUGGAAACGAGGACGAGGGGCGGGACGACGGUUGGCUGCCCGACGGGUUCGAAAAGCGGAUGCGAGGCAAAGGGCUGAUCAUCCGGGGAUGGGCCCCGCAAGUCCUAAUCCUCGACCACCGGAGCGUCGGGGGCUUCGUGACGCACUGCGGGUGGAACUCGGUGCUCGAGGGGAUCAGCGCGGGGCUGCCGAUGGCGACGUGGCCCAUCUUCGCGGAGCAGUUCUACAACGAGAAGCUGGUGACCGAGGUCCUGAGGAUCGGGGUCGGGGUCGGGGCCCGGCGCUGGGCCAGGUUAGUGGGGGAUUUCGUGGGGAAGGAGGCGGUCGAGAGGGCGGCGAAGGAGAUUAUGGUGGGGGAGAGGGCAGGGGAGAUGAGAGGCAGAGCAAGGAGCUUUGGGGCCAUGGCCAAGAGGACGGUUGAAGAAGGGGGCUCUUCACACAACGAUUUGGGGGAUUUGAUAGAAGAAUUGAGGACACAUGGCUCAGGUUGAACAACUUUGGCUUUGUGCGGAAUAAGGAAGAAACAUGGGUUUGAUUUUUUUUGGUCCUUACCCAGGCACAUAUCUGUGAAUCAAGAAUGCAAAUCCUGUGGGUAGAGAGGUAAGAAUAACAAAGCAAUCGAAUUGAGAACAUAUAUAACUCGAGAGACGCUAGAAAGGCUAGAUUUUGCUCCCAUUGAACGCCGGUCGUUGUAGGCGGAACUGUGACGGUAUGUAUUUUCAGAACACCGGUACAACUUGAAGUAUUGAUGAGACCCAACAAAAAAAAAGUUUGGGUAUUUAUGUCUCACGGGAGAAAAUUCAAGUUUUUCUUUUUUCGGUAAGACUAACCUUGAAAUCAAUUGAUGUGGACUAUUUAUGAA